AUGAAGAGGAGGAUAGGUAAUGUAAACAUUCUGCACCACCAGAGCGCAUCAACACAGAUAAAGUUUGAUAGAACAGAUCUAUUGCGUGUUCAAAUCCCUCAUGAGGACCCGUUGGUUGUCAGUUUGACAGUGGCCGAAUGUUUGGUACGCAGAGUUCUAAUUGAUCCUGGAAGUAGUGCGAACGUCAUGUCGAGGGACACAUUCGAUUGGCUCGAGAUCAAGCUGGAUCGGCUCAAAUCCACUGGGAAUCCUUUGUUAGGGUUUGAUGGAAAACGAGUGGAGCCCAACGGUACGGUGGAGGUAGCAGUACAUGCUGCAGAGAGGGUUCUGAUAGAGACUUUUGUGGUUGUCGAGAUUCAUCCUUCUUACAACCUUCUAAUAGGCAGAGGGUGGAUCCACAGAGUUCAAGGUGUUCCUUCUACUCUGCAUCAAGUAAUGAGAUGCCUGGGGCCAGACGGAGCCAAGGUGAUCGACAUUCAUAGGGACCAGAUCGAUCGGUUCCGACCAGAACGAACAACCAGAGUGGGGGAACAACUUGCUGUGGAGGAGAAACAUGAGUUAGUUGAUUUCUUGUCUCAGAACGCCGAUGUAUUUGCAUGGAGCCACCUAGACAUGCCUGGAAUCGAUCCUUCCGUAUCCUAUCACUCCUUGAACGUAAAUCCCAAUGCAAGACCUGUAAAGCAGAAGCAGCGAAGGUUUGCUCCAGAGCGUAACCGGAUCAUAGCCGAGAAGGUUGACAAGCUACUUGAUGCGGGAUUUAUAAAAGAAAUGUAUUAUCCUGACUGCUUUUCGCUGCCGAAAAUUGAUCAAAUGGUGGACGUUACUACUGGGUAUAAGCGUUUAACCUUUUUAGAUGCUUAUUCAGGUUAUAAUCAGAUCCCCAUGGACUCUGCUGAUUAA